AUGUUCUCUGGGCUCCGACCUGUUCUUGGGCGUAUACCCAGGCGACGAUUGGCGUUGAGCCUCCGCGUUCAGCAAUGCAAUCUUCACGUGGACGGCCGAAGCCGUGUGUCAAAUUUGUGGAUUCCUACAGGUGGAAUCACCAAGAAACCGAUUGAUGGUGAACAGGAGGAUGCCAACGACCUGUUAGUACGAGGCGGUUUCCUUCGACAGGCAUAUUCCGGAGUGUUUCAUCUACUCCCACUAGGGCUGCGCGUUCAGGAUAAGCUAGAGCGUCUGAUUGACAAGCAUAUGGGCUCACUCGGCGCAUCCAAAGUGUCUUUAUCUUCAUUGUCAUCGCAAGAGCUUUGGGAGCAGUCGGGUAGGCUGACUGAAGGUUCAGAACUGUUCAAAUUUAAAGACAGGAAAGACACUCCAUUUCUCCUGGCUCCGACUCACGAAGAGGAAAUUACCACCCUCGUGGGCAACCUGACGACAUCAUACAAGAGUUUGCCCCUUCGGGUAUAUCAAAUUUCACGCAAAUACAGAGAUGAAGCCCGGCCUAGGCAAGGUCUACUUCGUGGGAGAGAGUUCAUCAUGAAAGAUCUCUACACAUUUGACUACAGUGUCAGCGAGGCGCUAAAAACUUACGAUGCAGUUAAGCGAGCCUACAAGGAGCUUUUUGACGAACUCAAAAUCCCGUAUUUAGUCGCUGCAGCGGACUCGGGAAAUAUGGGAGGUUCGUUAAGCCACGAAUACCAUUUCAUCAGUCCCAAGGGCGAGGACGAUGUGGUCAGUUGUUCAAAUUGUGAUCACGUAUAUAACGAAGAACUUGCGGACGGCAAGACACAUAACAUCAAUGAAUUCGAACAAUCUGAAACGCCUGGUUUCAACACAGACGAUACUGUUGUCGAAGGUGGGUCAACAAUCUCAACAGGCAUGUGGAUGGCCAUCUCUCAUGAUAGCAACACCAUCGUACGGGGCUGGCACCCCAAGUUCUCGAUGCAGAAUGGCGCAACAGAGCCUGUUGAGCGUCAUGUUAACUCACAUGCUGUCAAGGCCAUCGCUACCGCUGCAGGAAUUGACCUUGAUCUGAGCGUGGAAAAGCCACUCGAGCGAUGGGUCAAACACGUGAAGGCAAACAAGUCUUCUACGCACAAGCCGCGUGUAUUGGACCUGUACGACUCUCAAGUGCGAGUAUACCAGCGCCCACCACUAAGCGACCUUCUUGAAGAAGUCAACUGCACGGCCUCAGACAUUGAAUAUUCCAAGCUGGACCGUUUCCCUGGAACCACGAACAAACUGAGCCUUGUUCGCGUCCAUGACGGUGACAAAUGCUCGCACUGCGCACACGGAUCAUUGACUAGCCACUCUGCGGUGGAAUUAGGACAUACUUUCCACCUCGGAACGCGAUAUAGUGAAGUCUUGAAUGCUUCGGUCUCUGUCAACCCAGCGCUUCUGGAUGGAUCAUCCGACUCAGGUGCUACAUCAUCCGGCAAGGAAAAAAUUGUGCCAAUGCAGAUGGGAUGUCACGGGAUUGGCGUCUCGCGUAUGAUCUCUGCUGUGGCAAACAGACUCGCUGAUUCAAAGGGUCUCAACUGGCCCCGUGUCAUAGCGCCCUACGAGGUCGUGGUGAUCCCAAGCAAGGGGCUAGAGGUUGUUGCUGACCAGGUGUAUGACAGCCUUACCGCCGAUGCGUCCGCGCCCCUCGAUGUUAUUCUCGAUGACCGGGACAAGGGCAUGGGCUGGAAACUUGGCGAUGCGGAUUUAAUUGGAUAUCUUAUCCUCGUGGUCGUCGGCAAUGGAUGGAAGAAGAAGGAGACCCUGGAAGUGCAGUGCCGUCGUUUGGGCAUCAAGGAGGAUGUGCCGUUAGAUGAACUGCGCACACUCAGCUCUUAUGUAUACAACAAGGGACUCUAUGCCCUGAAGGAGAUAGAGGGAAACCAGCAUCCGGGGUCGUCCCCACGCCAACCCACGCCGAACACUCCGGUCCGAAUAGUCCGGUUUGUCAUAUUAGAUCUCUUGACUCAUUUAAAGAAGGAUAUCUACUUCCCAAUUCUUCCAGACAAGAACUAUUUCACCAUGGGUCAAACCAACAUCCACAUCCCCGGUCUCGCUGGUGCCAAUGCUUUUACCCGAACUCUCGACAAGGAAGAUGUGAAUAUCUGCGUAACUGUCGAGCAAGCUUUCACAGAAGCAGAGCGAUGCUCUAAAGAAAAGUUUUGCUACCGCCUUGGCGCAUGCCCCGAACUAUGUUUGGGUCUAUUUGUUGAAAACACCGAUGGAACGCCAGCCACAAUGAUUGGGCAUGUCAUUGCAGUCAGAUCGCCUUAUACUCGUGUGACCGAUGGGUCUAUGUCAAUGCCGGAGAAUUGGCGUUCAUUGCCCAAUGACGAGCCGGUCUAUGUCAAUGAGGAGCUGAUUGGGAACCACAAGUAUGGCGAUACUAUUGCUAUUCAUUCCGUCGCUAUCUCACCUGAUUUUCAAGGCAAGAAGGUUGGGAGGGCUCUCGUGAAGGCUUAUACAGAGCAUCUUAAGAGUGGUUGCUUUGGAGCCAGCAGGGCUGUGCUGAUUGCGCAUGAUUACUUGGUGAACUUUUAUGAAAGUGUUGGAUUCAAGAACCAGGGACAAAGCAAGUCCUCUUUCGCAGGGGGUGUUUGGUUUGAUAUGGUUCGUCCUCCCCUUAUUACAUGA